UGUUCUUCUUCUUCAUUAUCGCAACGUAAACAGAAGAAACAGCUGAUGGCAGCUGCCGAAGCGCCAAUAGAGUUGCCAGAUCGGUGCUGUGUUAGUAAGCGUCAGUUUUGGCGUGAAUUUUUAGCGUUGUAUGAAAGCCUACCCGAGCUUUGGGACGCGCGCAACUUAAACUACAGACACAGAGACUGCAAAUAUGAGGCUUAUGAUGUUCUGCAGAGGAAAUUGCAAGAACUGGAGCCUAAUGCUACCCGCUAUGAUGUGCAACGACGUAUCAAUAUAUUUCGUACAAACUAUCGACGAGAGCGGUUGCGCAUAUUAAAGCAACAGUCAUUGGGAGUUCAAUCGGAUGUUGUUAAGCCAACACUUUGGUUUUACGAUUUUAUGAGCUUUCUGCUGACGCAGGAGACUUUUCAGCAUGGCACUAGAACACGGAAGAUACGAGGAAUGGUUAAUCGUGAGAAGACAGUUAGAAAAAACAACAUUGGGCGAAGAACUGACUUCGAGGGUGAUCGGAACUGGACCUUUGAUGAGGCCACGAAAAAUUCCUUUAAACCUGGCACAGUCGUGACAAAGUUGGAUGAUAAGCCAUUGCUUAGUCCAAAAAUUGAAAUAUUCGAACCGGAUUUUGUAGCAGCAGAGACAACUAUGCACAUUGAUGAUAUGAAGGUUGACUCUCGAGAACCAACAAUGCUCCCCGAUUACAUGAAGGAGGACACUGGAGAAACAAGCGCGUCGGAUUACAACGAGCCCACCUGUUCGACGACAACUUCCACCAUAAUACGCGGUAACACGUCGCUAACUAUAAGCGAAGGCUCCGAAGCACUUGCCAAAUCCUGGGCCAUACAGUACGAGGAAAUGGCGCCAACGCAACGCAUAUUGGCCCGUAAAGCAAUCGCAGAUAUUCUUUUCGAAGGCUGCAUGGGUAAUCUCCGCAUAAAUCGGGGCGUUCACAAUAGCGUUGGUAAUCAGCUCUAAAAAACUACAUUCAUAUAUACAAUAUAAGCCUCUGUAAAUGCA